AUGAAGAAACAGGUUUAUGGGGAUCGUUCUAGUCAACAUCCUCAGUGUGGAAAGUGCAAUAGGAGGCACUAUGGGAAUUGCUCAUUCGAUGCAAAGAAGUGUUUCAAGUGUGGAAUGACGGGUCACUUUGCGAAGUAUUGUACAACCCCAGAUGUUCCGGAAAAGACUAAAGGACGUGUUUACACCUUGGAUGCUAGGAAGGCUCAAGGAAACACCAAUCUUGUUGCUGGUACGUGUUAUGUCAAUAAUCAACCCUUGUUUGUGCUAGUUGAUUGUGGAGCAACACAUUCUUUUAUUUCUUAUCCUUGUGUACGGAGGCUUGGUUUUGAGACAAGUCUUCUUCCUAAUCCUAUGAUUAUCUCGUCGGCUACUGACGAUGUGGUAGAAGCUCGGGAAAUUUGUAGGGAGUGUUUUAUUACCUUCAAUGGUCGUAGAUUCUUGAUUGACCUUAUCUGUCUACCGCUUAAGAAGAUCGAUGUAGUACUGGGUAUGGACUGGUUGUCGGCUAACUCGGUGUACAUUGGUUGUAAGGAGAAGUCUAUCUUCAUCCCUGCUCGGGAGACUACACCAACCAGUGCCAUUGAACAUCUUUUUGAAGGUACGGUUAACAUAAUCAAUUACCUUUUUACUCAAGAGAAGUCUUUCCUUUUGGUUCAUACGUCGGACUCCAAUGACAAGAAGAGUGUAUCGGAGAUUCCAGUUGUGUGUGAAUUUUCCGAUGUAUUUCCCGAUGAUGUUACUUUUCUUCCGCCGGAAAGGGAAGUUGAAUUCUCUAUUGAUCUUGUUCCGGGUACUGCUCCAGUUCGAUUGCCCCUUAUCGAAUGUCUCAUGCAGAGCUUAGAGAGUUAA